CGCUUUUGGUUAAAACGGAUAAAUCUUUCUUUGAACCCGAUGCACAUUUUUUGGUACUAGCGAGUUUUUGCUACUCAUCUUAUGAAAUAAUUUUACUGUGGUGGUAUUGAGUAUCUAAGCUAUGGAAACCGAUUGGGCUAGCUUUUCAGAUGGAACUACAGACAAUGAGAACUAUGAGGAGGACUUUGAUGAUGAUGAGAAUAUAUGUUCGUAUUCAUCGGGUGAUAUACCCAAAUUGCAGUUUAGGAAAGACAUAUCAAAAGCCAAGUGGGUUGAUAAACUGGGAAUGGCUGAGAUAGUUGAGAGGAAGGGUAGUCUCUGGACAACAACAGGAAUAAUUCGCAACGGGAAAAUCUAUUGUUUCAUUGAAGAAGCUUUAUAUCUAGUUGAAAUAGGGGCUUUGCAUGUUCUUGGGCAUAGUGAGACACCGAUGUCUCUUAAAGAUGUAUAUAACAAGGUUUCAGAAGAAAAAAAUGGAUGUUCUUGGGAUGCUUUUGAAGCUUACAGACAGUUGAAGUGCCUUGGGUACAUUGUACAACGUCAUGGUUUUCUUUGGACUCACAAGAGAACUACUAUGAGUCCUAGUGUCAUCCCAUCCGCAGAAAAAACCGGUUCAUCAGAAGACCCUAAUUUCAUCUGUGAGAGGUUAAACGGUGUCAACAUUAAUGAAGUGAAACCAGUGUUUGAUGUUUACCCUCCCAAUUCCAGAUUCAAAAAAUCUUCUCCGGGUGAACCAAGCUUUAUACUAUGUUUUACCGGAGGCUCUCCGCCAUCCAAACGACAUGUCGAAGAUCUAGAGAGGCGCUGCAAUGGCAUCCCUAUAAAAGUAUGCAGCGCAGAACACGGCCGUGUUAAUUUCAUCUCAUGCAAGAAAGCGGAGCUUCCGGCUCUUCCCUGAGGGCAAAUGCAGUGAGUACGCAUUCUUCUUCUCUGUCGCGCCACGUAAUUUAUUCGGACUCCCAAUCUUUUGGAGGUUCACUGCGAAUCCAUUACCGAUGGAUCAAAAGUUGUUUCAUCAUUUGCUGAAAUAUUAGAUGGGGUAGGAUUAGCUUCUGAUGAAACUGCACAGGGAACAACUGUUGG